GAUUCUAAUGUAUGCACUACUGUAUUCCGAAAAGUGUGGUGUGGGUAGAAAUGUGAAGUGGAUAUAAUGCAGAUGCUUAAAAAUAAUGGCGAGAUUAUGUGCAUAUUAUAGUUUAUUCCCGUUGAUUGACCAUAGAAGUUUAUUAGGCAUAGCCGAAGAUUCUACAAGUGACUGUGUAAUUGUAACUCUCGGAAAGAAUAUUAUCAGAUAUAAGUUGUUGAAUCAAAAACAAAUUAGCAGCUGGAGCAGUAUAGAAAAACUUUCAUCUCCAGUUGUAUAUGAUGCAGUUGGAAAUCAGUAUAUUGCUGUGUUCAAUCGAAACCAGUUACGAUUGUGGACAGAACAAGAAGAAAAUGUGGACAAGAUAAAGAAAAUUAAGUUCGAACAACAGAUUCAUUGUGUUAUACCACAGACAAAUGGGAGUGAACCAUUAAUAAUGUUCACUAAUGGAGCAGUUUAUCCAUUAAGCACUGCAGUAGAAACCCGGAAGGAAGAAAAUAUCAGUUCAUUACUUGACACUAAUGAAAUUAUAGAAGACUACCAUCUGCUGGCUAAUGAAACCUGUACAUUCUUAACAAUUCUUUCUCGUAAUUCCUUGGAUGUUACACACUUCCAUGUGGUUCCAGUCACAGGAAAUAUUUCAUGCAUAAAACUAAAAGUGGAACGAGAAAACUUUUGCUUAAUGGGGCAGACUACUAUGCAACAGGAAUCUUCUUGUAACUUUCUUACAUUAUGGUCAGAUGGAAAGUUAUACUCAUUGCCAUUUCACCCUCAGCCUUUCCCUAAGCUACCUGGCACACUUGUGAACACUGUUAGAGCUGUUAGCAUGAAGCACCCUGUUGCUUUGGUUUCUCUCAGCUCCAGCCAUGUUGCAAUAUAUGGUGCUGACCCUAGUGAAGAAGGAGCUGCUCUUAUCAUCUAUAAUGUGCAGUUUGGUGUGGUACAGUCUCGACACCACUUCAAAUUGUUUGCUUCACCACCAUGCUUGUGGCAUGCUGGUACUAACCUCUUGAUAGCAACAGCACACAACCUAGUUGUAGUACCAUACAAACUUGAAGCGCAACGACUGUGUGCACUGGUUGGUGCACACUGUAGUGGCAGUGCACGACCAGAACAUGACUCUGAUGUGCAGGAGCUGCACCAGGCACAGUGUUCCAACUGGGGGGCUAAUGGCACAAUGAAAGAUAUCUUUGCUGAGUCAGAUCAACAUGUUCCUGAGGCACUUAAGGAACACUUGGAAGCUUUGCAAGCUGAUGGUUGUUGUCAAUCUAUGAUGAUAGAGAAGCUCCUACCUCUGCUGUUGGAAACCAAAGCUAUAUCAGAACUGGUUUGGUGCAUAGAACACUUUACAGACAUUCCUGAAAGGUCUCUGGUUCAAAUACUUCUAUUCAGUUUGGAAAAUUUUACAAAAACUGAAAAACAAGAACCAUACCACAAACUGUUGAAUGCUGUACUUCAUGCACCAUUUAGUGAUGUCUGCUUGAUGCCCAGUUUACAUACUCUCCCAUUUCAUCACACACUUACUCUUCUUCACCACUUGGCUGAAGAAUUUGAGGCAGACGUAUCUGAAGUGAAGCUGUGUAAUUUGGUAGAGUGGACCAGUCUGCUCUUGGAUGCACAUUAUCAGCGGUAUCUUCUCUCUGGGGAUCCUCAAGUUCUGCAAUUACUGCGCAGAAUCCGUGGGCUUGUUAUAGACCAGAUUGUUCAUAUGAAUGAGCUGAAAGGGCUCUUACCCCUUUUGCAGCAGUUUGAAGAAGGAAAGCUAUCAGUUAAAAAGCCUCAGUUUGCUAACAAGUUGUAUUCCAUAGAAUGGUUGCGGCUCUACUAACAUGAAUAUGUUGUAUAUGAUUAUUUCAAUAAAGACUGGCUCAUUUUAGGAUGGUU